CUCUUUAAAUUUGUAUCUACUUUCAGUCACCGAUCAUUCUCGCUAGAAUUCACACCAUGACCGUAGACGAACCGCAAAUUGUGGCCAUUAGUGUCAGUCACAAACAACAAGUGGGAUACCUAAAGGAUGAGCCCACAUGGAUUCAUUGUCCUUCGUGUGAAAAGUAUGGAACCAGUGUGGUGCAACUGGAGGUGGUAACUUGCCUACAGAGAUUUCUGGGAUUCACAAAGCUUUGUAAAAAAUGGCCCGGACGUCAGGACAUUAACCACUACUGCUCGCACUGUGGUUGCUUUAUUGGAAGAUUCGUGGACAUCAGCUGCAUGGAACGGUGUCUUUCAAGAUCAGCUCGUAAACAGGCGGCUGUGGAUGAUAUGACUCUGAAAACACGCCCAAAUGAUUGCGCUGAAAGGGCCCAGAAGUCCAGGGAGAAAGUGCUGGCCAAUAGGGAAAAGAAAAGGGCAGAAAAAGCUGCCAAGGAACUGGAAAAAUCUCAAACACAAAUAGCAGUGCACCAAUGA